AUGGAGCCUCGCAGCCCUCCGUUCCUGUUGGAACGGCAGCUCCGCCAGCGCCCGUCCGCCAUCGCUCUACUCAAAUCCAGACUCAAACAGGGCGUGCACUGCUCCACGCCGCGCCUGCGCUCCACCCUGAGCGGCCUGUUCCCUGUGGUGCGCUGGCUUCCAAAGUACAGGCUCCGAGAGUAUGUGUGGGGCGACGUCAUGUCUGGGCUCAUCGUGGGGAUUAUUCUAGUGCCACAGGCCAUCGCGUACUGUCUGCUGGCCGGAGUGGACCCAAUCUACGGCCUCUACACCUCCUUCUACGCCAACAUCAUCUACUUCCUCAUGGGAACGUCUAGACAUGUGUCAGUGGGGAUCUUCAGCCUCAUGAGCUUGAUGGUCGGGCAGGUGGUGGACAGGGAGGUGUUCAAGGCCGGCUUUGACACCAGCGAAGACUCAAAAAUAUCUCAGCUAGACAUGUUCAACAGCACACUGGACGUUAACAUGACCACGAAGACGAUAGAGAUGUUUGGAGUUCCGUUUGAGAAAGAGUCUUAUGCCAUUCUGGUGGCGGCAACGCUCACUUGUCUGGCUGGCAUUUAUCAGGUGCUAAUGGCCGUGUUCCGCCUGGGCUUCGUCUCUGUUUAUCUUUCUGCUCCGAUGCUGGACGGCUUUGCCACAGGCGCCUCCUUCACCAUCCUGACCGUUCAGGCCAAGUACCUCCUGGGCCUGAAGAUCCCACGUCACCAGGGCCCUGGGGUGGUGCUCUUCACCUGGUUCAACAUCUUCGCAAAUAUUCACAAUACCAACUUCUGCGACCUGAUCACCAGUGUCAUUUGUAUCUCCGUUCUAGUGGCCGGUAAAGAGCUGCAGGAGCGCUACAAAGACCGGCUGAAGAUCCCUUUGCCCACGGAGCUUGUGGUGGUGGCAGCUGCGACUCUGGCCAGCCACUUCGGAGACCUGAACAGUAAAUACAGCACCAGUGUUUCUGGACACAUCCCCACAGGCUUCAUCCCCCCCAGAGCCCCCAGCCUCCACGUCAUGCCUCAAGUCGCUCUGGACGCCAUUCCAAUCUCCGUCAUCAGUUUUGCCUUCACCGUGUCGCUGUCCGAGAUGAUGGCUAAGAAACACUGCUACUCCGUGCGGCCGAAUCAGGAGAUGCUGGCGAUCGGCUUUUGCAACAUCAUCCCCUCGUUCUUCCACUGCUUCACCACCAGUGCUGCUCUGGCCAAAACCAUGGUGAAGGACUCCACCGGCUGCCAGACACAGGUCUCCAGUCUCAUCAGUGCCUUCGUGGUCCUCCUCGUGCUGCUGUUCUUUGCUCCCUUCUUCUACGCUCUUCAGAAGUGCGUCCUGGCCUGUAUUAUCAUUGUCAGCCUGCGGGGGGCGCUCAGGAAGUUCAAGGACGUCCCGGCAAAGUGGAGAGCGAGUCGUGAGGAUGCUGUGGUCUGGCUUGUUGCCAUGACAGCCACGGCGCUCAUCAGUGUGGAGCUGGGACUUCUGGUGGGAAUCGUGUUCUCCAUGUUUGUGGUCAUCUACAAAACUCAGAACCCAAAGGUCUCUCUUCUGGGACGUGCCAGCGACUCGGACCUUUACGAGGACAUGGACGAGUACAAAAACCUGCUGGCCCCGGCCCGUGUCAAAGUCCUGCGCUACCAGGCUCCUCUGUACUACGCCAACAAAGACGCCUUCCUCAAAGCUCUGUACAAGCGCGCUGGAGUGGAGCCCUUCCUGGAGCUGACCAGGCGGAAAAAGCAACAGAAAAAAGCCAAGAUGUCCACCAAGCAGGCCAACGAGGACAAAAUGAACGGGGAGGUCGUGGUGGGGCUCAUUCAGAACGAGCUGGACUUUCACUCGAUAGUUCUGGACUGCUCCUCUGUGCCGUUUGUCGACUCGUCCGGUCUGGCAACGCUAAAAUCACUGGUCAAAGAAUACAACAACAUUGGGGUUGGCGUGUGUCUGGCUUGUUGUAAUACAUCAGUCAUAGACACGCUGCAAAAGGGAGAGUUCUUUGGUAAAAAUGACCAGCACAUGGGUCAGUUGUUGUUCCACACAGUUCACGCUGCAGUGGAAUACGCUUCUGCACCCAAAGCAGCAGAAGCAGAGAGCAGGGCGGCCGUGACUGCGGUUUAA